AUGACCUUUAAGUUGUAUUGCACAAUUUUUGUUUCUAUUUUCUUAUUUCAGUUUAAAGAAGCAAUAUUUACCGAUUACAAAAGCUCUGUCGAUGUUUCUAACGGAAUUUUAAGCUUCGCCAAUCUUUUCUCGUUUCCUAAUUAUCUACUGAACGCUACACCAUUUGAAUCUCUCUUCGUUUAUGGAGAACAAGACUGCCUUCAAGCUUGUACAGAGAACCCUCGAUGUCGGUCGUUGAAUUUCAAAGGUUCUAAAGUACAUGGAAAAUUUCUCUGUAACCUCUUAGAUACUGACAAAUUUAAGUCGUUGAAGCUAUUUGGUGCAACUUUGGAUUUUCAUCACUUCAGCGUGACGGUGAGUAUUUUGAUAAAAAAAUCCUUUUGUAAAUACUUUUGUGUGUGCAUGUCCGUUGUGCCAUCUAUAAAGACAGCAGGUAGUUUUGUUAGAAAGGAUCUCUAUCUAUUUUUUUGGAAAAAUUGUUUAAUUCAUCUGCUACUAUAUAAUUAUUUUUAGUUUUUCUUCAAACUUGAAUAAACCUACUUUUUAAAAUGAAGUGCACCCUGAAUUAAAAUUUUAGGAAACCGAAAAAAAAAUUGCGCAAUUUACGUAUUUGCUCUGAGGUUCUUCCUAUAAACCAGCCCAGUUCGCAUUUGUGCAAGACAUAGAUAACAAACUUCGAGUUAAUAUCUUUAUGGAUGCAAGAUUUUUCGGUUAAGUUUUUUUUAACAAUAUCAUUUCUUUAACGUUAGAUCAACGCCAUAUGUGUAAUACUUUUCGUUCGGAUUUGAUCAAUUAUUUAUGUUAUUUUGAGAAAGCUGUCUUUCUUCCAUUUGACAUUAUGAUAAAACGUGAACAGAUUGAAGAAUGCUGACUGCAAAUCUAGUUAUAAAUGCAUCAAAAUAAAUUGACAUUUGUGAUGGCGAAAAAGGGAAAAUUUUCUUUUAGCUGCUGAAUUUUGCAAUUACUCAACGGCCCCGUUUGUAGCAGGUUUCAUUAUUUUUCAUUACAGCGAUAUUUGCACAAUGUGUUGACUCAUGAAUCGCAUUUUCUUCCUAAACCGCAAAUAAUGUAUAAUUUAUAAUUUGCCUCAUGUCUUGUAUUUGGCCUUCUCCUUUUUUCCAAUUAUUUGUCAAAAAAAUAAAUAGCUGUAUUCAGAAAAGAAAGUCACUGCCUUUGUUGCAAAGAAUCGAUAUCUCGCCGGUAGAUCGAUGUAUUGUCGAACAGGAAAAUCGACCUUAGUGACUGCUAUCGGCCAUGAGAAAUCAGCACGAUGUUACGACAUUUCAGAGUUCCCGAACCUGUUUCGCCUUCCGCUUGCCUAGCUUUGUGAGGAUACCACAACAACUCUGAGCCCUUGGGAACCCAGACUUCCGUCACCCUCACCUAAGUCAGAUUUUUGUUUCUCCCCAGGCCCCGUGCGAGCUCAAUCCGUGCGAGAAUGGAGGGACCUGUCACCCAGUGGAGAUGGUAUACGACUUCAAAUGCGCCUGCCCACCAGGUUUCUUUGGGAAGCAAUGUGAGAAGUGUAAGUAUGCCUGCAUAUUUCAGAUGAAACAAAUGUUGCUGAGAAGAUGGCUCAAAUAAAGCGGAAUAAAAAUAAAAUAUUUACUCCAUCCUUACAUCGCUGCUUCAAAGUUGCUGGUGAGCAUUUAUUCUCCUAGACGGUGAGAGGCACCAUUGGAGUAAGGUGUUAUAUAUGUUACCUCAUGGGUUCGAAUCCAGAUCUUAAGACUAGGAGUCCUCUUAAGAGCUACAACUUUAUUCUGUUUUCUGACGGGACGAAAGAGAAUGAUAAAAAAAGAGGUAUUACUAUUCCACAGAUAUUAAGAGGAACUUCGUGCCCAGUAAGGGAAUUUAUCUUAGCUUGUCUUGUCAACUUUUAUUUUAGCGGCCAAGAGCUGCGCGGAGCUGCUGGAUGCUGGCUUCACAAACAAUGGUGUCUACAAAAUUCUUUUUAACAAUUCCCAAGUGUUCGACGUGUACUGCGAUCAGUCCAGCCGCGGAGGAGGUAAUAUUAAAAAAAACUUUACCUUAUUAUGCACGACCGCAUUUGAAGACCUAUGCGCUUAAAAAAGAGAAGUGUUCUUUUCCAUCGGCAUCUUUUGGCGCAAUUUUGAGUAGAUUAUCCAAAGUCAUCAUGGAUAUCUUUUAUUUUGCUUUACUUUUCUGCGUGAUUGGUCUGUUUUGCUUGUUUUCAUGAUGCGCUUUCGUUAUCCCUUUGGGCUAUUUCCCCGCCCCCCCACCCCUCUUUGUCCUUUGAUUGGCCGUCAAAACUUUGAUUUCGGUUUUUUUUCGACACUCAAUCGAAAAAGUUCUCUCAGAUGUCCACAUAUGUAAGAAGUGGAGAAAGAGAGAGAGAUUGCAUAGGCAACCCAUCAAGCUAAUUUUUAAGCAUGAAAGAUGACACCCAAGACAUGAAAAGCCUCCCUUUCUGGUGCAUUUCAGACUCUAGCGCCGGGCGCAUGGCGGAAAAAUGCUUGGGUGUACUAAGCUCUAGUAUUCGCGGAAAACAAUUUAUUUUGUAUACAGGUUGGACGAUGGUUUUCAAGGUUGUAUCUGGCGUCUCGGCUAACGGUAGAAGUAGCUCACAACUGUGGUCUUCAUCGGAGACGAUCAAUGAAGAUAGAUCAAAGGCAUUGAACAUCGAUUCUUCCUUCAGAGCACAUUACAAGAACCGCUUUGUGCCAAAUUGGCACCUUGCAAAACCCAAAGAGGUAAGUCUGUCUUAGUCGCUCAUUACAAAUUCUUAUUGACUUAUGAGUGACUCAGACAUAACUUCUCCUUCAAAUAUGGAUACAACCACGCACCCAAGAGAUGAGAAAAUUAAAAAAGUAUCAGUUAACGAGUGGGAUUAUUAGUUGAUCCAACACCAAAUUCUCCAAACUCACAUCAUAGGAAAUGUAUGGCAGACAGUAAGGAGAAUUACUAAUGAGAUCUCGAUAUUGAAAGGGUUAUCAAACACUUGAUCCAAAUCCAUUUAAUGCAAAAGCAAUGGUCUCCAAAAUGAUCUGGAACAUAUUUAUAUUCCAUUUUCUGAUUGGUUUAAAAGAUCGCAUCAUCUAUGUUGGAUUUAAAACUGAAACCAUUUUAGAAAUCUGGACCAGUCCCCUUUUCUUCUCAUGGUCAGGAACCUCUCAGAGGGUCCUCUUGGGGAGGGGGGGGGGGAGGAGUAAGAGAGAGAGGAAUUUGGUUGUCACGAUAAAAUUAACCUAAUCCCUUAUAAGGCUCUGUAGUAUUUUGAUGAUUCCCAUGUUUAAAGUCUCUCCUUUACUCUCCAUUGACUAGUCCCUUACCGAUGUAAUUUGUUUUUUUGUAGGUGCAGAUAGCUUUGUAUAUACGGAAUGGCUCAGAUCUCGAGACCCUUUCUAUCGUAUUCAACUCGACUAAUUCUGACGACAAAAACUGGUUUUCCAAAAGUCGGGUCGUUCACUCCCCUUGGACAGAUUUGAAAAACGAGACCCCGAACGUCUUCUCGAUCGAGGGCUGUUGCAAUGGAAGGGAUUUCUACAUUUCCAAAAGUCAUGGCGGCUGCCCGAAUGAUGGAGGAUGGCUGGCCAUUAUCUCUAGUGACUGUGAAUGGGAAAAACGUUUUCCUGCUUUUACUGCUUUGUACAGUAACAGGAAGAAUUACACAAAUUGGAAUCAUUACGGUAAGAUUCGCGAACAAGCCAUU